GUACAGAAUUUUAAAGCUAAUUGUGUCUCCAUUAUGGUUAUGAGGAACACCUUCUCUCUGUAAACAAUAUAUUUAUUUUUGACUUUGUAAAGCUCAGUAGUACAUUUUGUAACAUGUAACAUGGUUUUUACCAACCCAUUAUAUUCAGAGUCAUGUAAAUGUAUUACAGUGUCUCACUCUUCCUUCCUUGUGUCUUUUCGUGUUACUCUUAAAGCUUUUCCAUCACAAAGGAGUGAAUUUGCAUUGUGUUUCGUAACAGUGCCAAAUAUGAAAAAUGUUUUGGGAUGCUUUGCAAAUUUUCUGAAGGUACUGUACCUGCACAUAGCUUAAACAGUGAUAACUGAUAUUUUGUGGAGUGAGACCUGUCAUGUUGAACUGCUGUGCCUUUUCAUUUCUCCUGGGUAAGUUAAUGUUUCAUAUAACCGAUAAUUAAUUAUUACACUGAAUUAAACAAGAGAACACUCAGAGAGCAUAUACCUCCACUUAGUAUAGCCCUGCUAAAUCCCUCUGCCCUCUUAUUUUACUAUCUAACAGGGUACCUGUGCUUUUGAGUUGUUUUUUAACCAAAUAGACUGAAACACAAAACAACAUAUUUUCAUAAUGUACAGUGUUUUUCUAACAAAUUCUGUUAUAAUUAAGGCUUUUUCACGAUUUUAAGGGUAUGUCUAUUUCGUCAUCAACAUCAUCAUUACCAGUUCAGCAGUGAACUAUUUUUUAUUAUAGUUUUGCAUAUAAAUCACACUGAAUUUUUAAUUAAAUUCUUUUUAGACUUUGAAAUCGUGCUUCUGUGCAGAUUCAUUGUACACAUUAUCUUGAGAAGAACUGUUUUCAACAGCUGACUGCUCUUCUUAGAAGCAAUAACUCUUCUUUGACUCUGUGCUUUAUAGGAUCACUCUUCAUCCCUGGCCAUUGUGUUUUUCCUCCUGGUAUGGACGAUGUUUAAAACCUCAGAUAUAAAUUCUGGCUAUAUUUGAAAUAACAUUUUUGUUCAUUAUUAUUGAUUUUGCUGUUUCAUGCAGGUUCUUGUGAUGGAUACACAAACAUAACUGAACCAUGGCGCAACCUAGAAUUUAAAUCAACGUCCUUCCCAGGCUACCCCAAGGAUGAUAAACAUCUUGUUGGGUCGUGGUGGCGCUUCACAGGGAUUGGUGGAGACACAGUCCUUUGGGGUUGCUAUAAAGGCCCUCGUGGUGGUACCAAAUAUACCAUCCGUGUUGCAUUUGAAUAUCCAAAAACUGAAUCUGAAACUCCAACAACAGGGAUUGCUCAUGGUUUUGUUGGAGCGUGCGAGAAACACACUAUUAAAAUGAGCCUGGCCCUUUGUCCCGGAGGAUUCUAUGUCUACAAACCAUCAAGUCCACUACUCAGCAGUAUGGGUUUUGUGACCUAUCACAGUGGUUGUAAACCAGACUCCUGUGGACCACUUGCUCAGUGUAAGGGCGCAGGCUGCAUUUGCAUUUCUGGGUAUGAAAUCCCUCUAACAUACCUACCCACAGGAGAUUCAUAUGGUUGUGUUGGUAAGUACAUUAAUUUCAUCGUAAUUGUUGUAAAUUACAAUAGGAUUGUGUGACACUAAUUAUCUUUUUCAGCUGGAGAUACAUUAAGAUGCUUCAUGCACACUUAAGGUCUGCAUUUUGUGAGCAUGUACUGUAUUUCCCACCUUAAAAUCAUGUCUGUGACAUCUCUUGGCAGACAUUGACGAGUGUCAAAGGACUGCAGGAAUCUGCGGUCGUUACUCCAAUUGUACCAACACUAUUGGAUCAUACAUCUGCACCUGUCUGAUUGGAUUCAAUGCAACAAAUCCAGCAUUACCACCUAGAAAGUCCAACCAAUGCGAAGAUAUUAACGAGUGUCUUGACAAUGUCUGUGGUGAUGAUGGGAUGUGUUACAACAACCUUGGAAAUUACACGUGUGAAUGCCGUGAAGGUUACCACACUGUACCCGAUGCAACUCCUGUUUGCCAAGAUAUAGAUGAGUGCAAUGAGAAACCGGGUGUAUGUGGUAACCAAACUGUGUGCACAAAUGUACCGGGGACCUUCUCUUGUUCUUGUCUAGAUGGAUUUUACCCUUCAACUGGAAUCUUGUGGACAUUAGGGGUCUCAUUUUGUCAAGGACUUCAGGAUAUUCUAGAUGUGAUAGAACCCCUAGAGGGCGAGACAAAAGAGAUCGCUUUCCUUCACAAAAUGGACCAACAACUUAAAGACAGUGCAGGCAUCAUUAUAUCAGAACAGACUGUGGCAAACUUCCUCUCAGUAUCUAUGCAAAUGGCAGGUGUUGGACCACAGGCCAGCUCAAUCACGGUCAGUAGUGAAGGAGACGGGGAGCUUGGCAGUCUGAUUCUGAGCAUCUCAAACCGUCUAGUUUCUGCGAUGAUUCAGCCAGGUCAGAACCAAACCAGGAAAACUGUGAAGACUUCAACAGUGGAUUUAACUCUUGAAACUGUUGGGCCUGGGAGCAACAAUGCAAACAACUCUCUUCUCUCAGCCAAAGGAAACAUCAUGGAAAUCAACCUGGAAAGUCUGGCAAAAAACAACAACGGUUUUGCAGCUGCUGCCCUCAUGACAAUAAACGGCAUGGAGAUUCUUCUGAGUAAUAAAUACUUUGAAACAGAGAACAGGACAGAGAUGUACUCAGAUGUUAUCACCGCAAUCUUACCCUUAAUGAACAACACCAACCUGACCAAGCCUGUCAACUUCACCAUCCGACACAAGAAGAUAUUACCCAAGUCUGGUUUGGUGACCUGUGUGUACUGGGAGGACAAAAGAGAGGAGACAGGAAUGGGAGAAGGAGGUGAAAAAAAAGGAGAAAAUAUUACUACAAUGCGCUGGUCAGAAGAGGGCUGCUUGGUUGCAUACUCUAGUGAAAACGUCACAGUGUGCAGCUGCUCCCAUCUCUCUUCAUUUGCCCUCAUCCUGCAGAUAGGGGAGCCUCCAUCAGAGGAACCUUUCUUGGAAUGGCUGAACCGAAUUUGUGUGAUUGUCGGACUUUUCUUCUUUGCUUUGGCCAUCCUCACCUUCCUCCUGUUUAGCUGGAACCCCAAGAUCAACAACACAGCCCGUCUUCACCUCUGCCUCUGCCUCUUCUUAUCUCAUCUGCUGCUGCUGUGGAAUGACAGAUAUGUUGAACAUGAGCUUGUCUGCACUGUUGUGACAGGGUUACUCCACUUCUUAGUUAUUGCAAGUUUUGUGUGGAUGAAGCUGGAGGCCCUACAAAUUUACCUGCUGGUCCGAAGGCUCUCCAAGAUGCAGGUCAUCCAGAGCGAAGGCCUCCCCUGGCCGCUUCUUUAUCUGAUUGGCUACGGUGUUCCAUUUGUGAUUGUGGGUAUUUCUGCAUUGGUGUACUCUGAUGGAUAUGGUGCCACUGAGGCAGGGGUGUGCUGGCUACCACAAAAACUUAACUUCAAAUGGGCUUUAACAGGACCAGUGAUUACUUUGCUGGCUCUUAACUGCAUCUUGUUCUGUGCUACUUUAUGGACUCUGAGACCCACUUUGGCCAACAUGAGGAGUGAGGUCUCGCAGUCCAAAGACACAAAGUUGAUUAUGUUCAAGAUCCUGGCCCAGUCUGUCAUAGUGGGUUGUAGCUGGAUUCUAGGCCUGUUCCAGUUUAACCUUGUCUUCCACGUCCUCUUCAUAGUUCUCAACACUCAGCAGGGCACUUUCCUCUACAUCGUCCACUGUCUGCUCAACAAGGAGGUCAGAGCGGAGUAUGCGAAAUGGUUGACCUGUUCUUUCAAUAAGAACUGAGAAGAAGGAUCUGUGAAAGAUGUACCAUCAUUCUCUGAGGACCUGGACAAAGCUGAGGAAGAGACACACAGUGGGAAAAACAAAGAUGGUUAAUGAUGAUGAAAUGACUAUGACAGAAGAGAGAUAGAAGACAAUGAAGAUGAAUGAAAGCCAUGUCCACUCUGAACCAUCAUAUGUCAUUAUUUUAUUAUUGUUGUUGUCAUUAAAUGUAUAUGUGUAUGACUGCUUCUUUGUACUAUUAAUUAUUGUGCCAUUUUCUGAUGUUCACUUGGAGACAACAGAAAAAGCUUUUAACAAUGCAGAAAAUACUAUACAUACUAUACUAUACUACUAUACAAAGUCAUCAUUAUUUCCAUUGUAUAAACCACUUUUUCCAUCAUCCAGGAAUGUGAACUGCAUAGGCAUGUCAGUAUGUUGCUUUUUGGACAACAGCAAGAAAAAUAUCAACUACUGAUCUUUACAUUGCAUAGAUGCAUGUUUUUGACAAGGCUAAUAGCUACUUCCGUGAUGUUCUUUCAAAUAGCUAAAAUCAGAUGUCCAUCCUUUCCGACUACAACUGUUUCAUCUGUUACACAUGGAAUUGAAAUGCUUUCGCUAACAUCAGUGUAAAGGAAAGUUACUUGUUUUUACUCUGCGUAGCACAAGUGGGUUGCUUUGCAUUCAUGUGAACAUACUGUGAUCUGGUAGGCAAUUCCCAUGUUUCCCAGACAAAGAGUGCAGGAGUGUUUUCUCAUAUCUCUGAAUAAAUGCUCCAGAUCUGUGCUAUGAAAACCCACAGUAUUUUUGUGAACUCAUUUG